AAACUGAAUUUUUUAUUUUUGUUAGAAUUUGAAUCAUUAAAAAAUAAGUAAAAGUCUGAGAAUUUGAGUGAUUGCGUGAUCCACUCAAUACGUAUAUCCAUUAAAUUUGUCUCAACUUUUUUUGGGCCAAAAGAUGUCUCAGAAGAAGAAAAAGAAGCUCUCAGUAAACGACACGGAAGUCAUAAUGUCAACUAACGGAACAAUAGUCCAGAAAUUAUUUGAUGGCAACUCUAAGGACUAUGAAUCAAAUGACAGAUUGAGGAAUAUUUCUGAGGGAAAUAUCUCUAUUGUUGGCCUUAAGAGAAGGGUUGGACUCAUUAGCGGAACAGCUCUUAUUGUGGGCACAAUGAUCGGAAGUGGAAUAUUCGUGUCUCCGAAGGGGGUGUUGGAGAGGUCCGGUUCGGUAGGCCUGAGUUUAAUCAUAUGGACAGGUUCUGGUCUGAUAUCUCUCCUAGGUGCGUUAUGUUACGCAGAGUUGGGAACACUCAUCACUAAAUCCGGUGCCGAAUAUUCCUAUAUUCUCGAGUCAUUUGGAGGUCUUUUAGCGUUUCUCUUCUCGUGGAUCUCAGUGUUUGUGUUAAAGCCGGCGAUGUUGGCCAUCAUAUGCAUGACUCUCAGCGAGUAUGCGGUGCAACCAUUCUUCGUGGGCUGUGCGCCGGACGCCUCGCCAAUCAAACUCAUUACCAUCUUUUUUAUAGUCACCAUCACUUUUGUCAACUGCUAUAGCGUGAACUUAGCGACGAGUACCCAAAAUGUCUUCACCGCUGCUAAACUAUUGGCGAUCAUUAUUAUAGUCAUCGGAGGUAUUGUUCAGUUAUUUCAAGGGAAGACUGCACUCAUUUCGAAGGGCUUUCAGGGAUCAAAAUACUCGCUCUCAGACAUCGCCACAUCCUUUUACAGCGGUCUCUGGGCUUACGACGGAUGGAAUAAUCUUAAUUAUGUGACCGAAGAACUCAUCAAUCCAUUCAGGAAUCUUCCGCUGGCCAUCAUAUGUGGCAUUCCUAUGGUUACCAUUUGCUAUGUCCUCGUCAACAUCUCAUAUAUGACUGUGAUGACUACCGAUGAGAUACUGGCUUCUGAUGCGGUCGCUGUGACAUGGGGCACUCACGUGUUGGGAAUGGCAGCUAUAAUAAUGCCAAUUUCAGUGGCCCUCUCAUCGUUUGGCGCUGGCAAUGGAUCGUGUUUUACGAGUGGGAGGUUGGCGUUUGUAGCGGCACGAGAGGGACAUUUAAUAGACGUGCUGUCAUUCGUCGAUUACGAGCGAUUCACUCCAUCCCCGGCUCUCAUAUUCAAUGCAUUCCUUUCAAUAUUAAUGGUAAUUCCGGGAAAUAUUGAAAGUUUAAUCGACUUUUUCAGUUUCACGGCCUGGAUGUUUUAUGGAGCCACCAUGUUGGCGCUUAUCAUCUUGAGAUAUAAGAGUCCCUAUAAAGACAAGUCUAGGCCUUAUAAAGUUCAUCUGAGUAUACCUGUCAUAGUGUUUGUGAUUUCGAUAUACCUGGUGAUCGCACCCAUUGUAGAACAGCCAAAAAUUGAAUACCUUUACGCCGCCUUUUAUAUCGUCUCCGGAGUCCUUUUUUAUAUUCCGUUCGUUAUAUACAAGAUUAGAUUUCCUAAUCUUAUCAAAUGCAUAACAAAGCAAUGCCAGCUAUUAUUGAAAGUGGUUCCCUGUGAAUAUGGACCUGACCCGGACAACAACAACUGACAUCUUAAUUAUACACUACAAGUAAAUUGUAUAUUAAAAGCCAAAUCUAUUUAAAAGUUAUAUUCAAUUCUGUCCAAAUGAAUCAAAUAGAG